UGGGCGCGGGCAGUCAUCCGAGUCCCGUGCAGGACCCUGUGGCCGGGAGACAGGGGCGGGGAGCGCCUGCGGGGUCCUGGGCUCAGCGCUCUGCGCAGCUGCCCCUGAGGGAGGUGGGGGCGGGCGGCGGAGGCCGGGGCUGUCCAGACCGAGCCGCCCCUGACCGCAGCUGGGCAGUGGCCAGACCCCGGCGUCUCUGCUGGGAAGGGCGGCAGGAGCGCGUGUGGGCGGGCGGAGUGCCGGCGGGUGGAGACCCGGGUCCCUACACAAACAAGCUUUGGAGACAAACAGCCUCAUGACCCUUUGAGGCUGGGUGGGACUCCAAGAAAGGGCCCUUGGGACUGGACCGCACAGAGGGGCCACGAGACUGAGAGGAGUCCAAAGAGGGACCCUCAGACUGAAGGCCUUCUCCCAGACAGAGGCGUCUCCACUGAGAGGCCCCCACAGAGGGGUCCCUAAGACCCAGACCUUUCAAAGGACCCCCAGACUGUGAGACCUACAGAGUAAGGGGUUUCAGCAAGUGAGUACCCCUUCUCCCACCUAUGCUGAGGUCAGCCCUGUGAAGACAUCAGCUCCAGCCCUAGGGUCCUAAUGGCAGCCGAGCCACUGACUGAGCUGGAGGCGGCCAUCGAGACGGUGGUCACCACUUUCUUCACCUUUGCAGGACGGGAGGGCCGGAAGGGCAGCCUCAGCGUCAAUGAGUUUAAGGAACUGGCCACUCAGCAGUUGCCACAUCUGCUCAAGGAUGUGGGCUCCUUAGAUGAGAAGAUGAAGAGCUUGGAUGUGAAUCAGGAUUCAGAGCUCAAGUUCCAUGAGUAUUGGAGAUUGAUUGGGGAGCUGGCCAAAGAGAUCAGGAAGGAGAAGGCCCAAGAGAUCCGGAAGAAGUGAAGUUGGCUGACUGGGGUGGGGGUGGGCAGGGCAGGGCCAGGCACAACCCUCUUCCCCUAAAUAAAGCCUCCUCCUUGAAAAUA